AUAAAUCAAAACAAUGACUCGCCGCCUCUCAUGCUUUUUGAUUAUCUUUGCAUUGUGUGCUGAGUUGAGUAAUGGAGCGGUUUUUCCGAAAGACUCUGUACAUUUUAACAACUCUCUUCAACCAAACAACAUUCUCAGGGUCCAUUGUAUCACAGACGAAGAUGAUCUAGGCGAUCAUUUCUUGAGUCAUGGGCAAACCUAUGAUUUCAGUUUUUACGAAAGUAUUUUCAAGACUGAAGUCAUUUGUGGCUUAUGGCAGGGACCUGGUUUCAAGUACUAUGCAUUGUUGAAGGCAUAUGAAGGUGGUGGUAUCAUUGUCCAUUAUGGUAAGAAAAACUAUUGGGAUGCAAGAGAAGAUGGUAUAUAUUUCACACAUGGUUUUUAUCCUCCCAAAUUAGAGUACAGGUGGUCAGCCUAUUCCCUUGCACCAACUUAUUAAAAAUGGAAAGAAAUAUAUGUAAUCCCUCAAAUGAAGUGGACUUUCG